AUGGUUGCAAGUGGAUCAAUUGAAACUAUUGAUCGAAGCAUAUUGUGGAAGAAAGCAAGGGAAAAAAAGGACGGCACCUUUGAUGAAGUGGCCAUACCAGUAAUUGAGAAAAUAGACAAGCUAUUGAAAGAGUCUCAAGAGAAUGGUAGAAGUGUUAGUGGAAGUAAUGAUAUACUUAUGGAAGCAUUGGGUACUCCUGAGUAUAGUGGUCGAGUUAGGGCCAAAGGGAAGCACUACACACCUCGCCAAUAUUUCAAUAGUGCUGCAGAUCGUGCUGUCAGGGAUUUCAUAGCAGCAUCUAAAGAAGAACAAAGAAUAUUUCAAGCAGAAGUGCUAGCAAAACUGACUCAAGUAGGAGUUGUUACUCCCCAAUCUGAUGUUAGCAGUUCAAACAUGAAGCAAAAACAACUUCUCCUACCAGAAGCAGUGGAUAAGCCAAUCCGUAAAGUUGAAGAUGUGACCCCACCAGAAGCAAUAGAACCACAGAAGAAGGUUAGAAAAUGUGAGCUGGCCACAAGCACCAAGGAAAAUAUAGUGGCAGGUGGAACAAUUAUACUUGAAUGUGGUCCCAACUAUUUAGUAGUUGUUGAUACUCCUUAUGAUUCAAGUGCACCCCUUCCCAUUCCUAUUCCUGGACAAACUACUACUGUUGGGGCUACAAUUGGUUACCAAGUUUUGUGGCCAACUGAUUUGGUCAUCAUCCGUACUCCCAUCUUAGUAAGUAAAUUUAAUUACCAAACUUUAUAG